AUCUUAUUGACUAUGGACGAUGGUAAGUUGUUUUUAUUUGAUUUAUCUAAGCUAAGGUAUUCUAUUUCAUAACAGAUUUCACGGACUACGAAGUUCUACAUAAUUAUUAUGAGGAUGAAGAAGAAUUUGCCUCAGCAACUCCUUCACCUUUUCCCGAACCAGUUGCCAAUUCCUGGGAAGUUUCACAAGUCCAGGAGAAAGACCAGAGAUCAUUUCCCGAAGAAAAAACAGAAGAAUUGGGAACAACCUGACCAGACACCAAAUCCACUUGUAACCUGCAGCGCAAAAGCAGAUAAAAUGGUUUGGAAUUUUGAACUCUUAAUUGAGACAAUAAAAAAGUACCCCUCUCUCUGGAAUAUAAAGGAUAAACGUUAUCGGAAUCGUGUCGAAAGGAACAGUGACUGGACUAAAGUAUUGGUUGAAAUCGGAUUAACUCACAACCAUAAGGAAUGCACUAGAAAAAGAUGGAAUUCCAUUAAAACUAAUUACACCCGUUCAAAAAACAUUCCGAGUGGAUCAGGGGCGCAAAAAAAAUACAGGCAAGCGAUUCUGCUUGCAUUCCUUGAUGACACUCAAACACCAAGAGCGACAAAAACUGUAAUGAAUGAGGGCCGGGUAAACAAGGUGGUCGAAGGAAAAAAAAAUUCUUCUAAUCAAGUUCAACAAAAGCUCCAGUCGGAAGCGAUUUCUCUAUUAAAAGAGAUAAACAAACCUAGAGAAGAAAAGACAUACGCAAUUCUGACGUGUGAACUUGUGCGACAGGAUAUGGAGUCCUUGCCGGAUUUAGAGCAGCGUGCUUUACGCAAAGAACUCUUUGAACUGGUCGAUCGAUUCGUUGCCCGAAAUCCAUUUUCAAUUACUUCCAGAGAAAACGAAUCACCAAAUAAAGUUAAACCGUUGGAUGGUUUGGUGUUUGAGAAAUUGGAUCUGGAAACACCAACAAAAGCAGAUGAAAGCAAGAUGGAUAAAGUGACAGCACCGUAA